UCAAUUAAUCAUUAAUUAAUUGAAUAAUUAUUAAAUUUUAAUAUAAAUCCUUUUGUGAUCGUUGUUCACCCCAUCUAGCGAUACCACCCUUAAUGAAUUGUGUUUUCAUAUCAUUUCUUCCUAAAAUUAUUUAAAAAAUGCUGUUGAACCUAAAAUCCCAUCAAAAUACGUUUUUAAGGACUCUUAAGAACAAUAAAUUCGCUAUUUUAUAAAGACAUUGUAGCAAUACACGGUUUAAAACCAGUACGUAUCAACAAAACUGAGUGACAUUUCGUAAGCAAAGGAUACCACAAAAGAGAUUGAAUUUUGUAUAAGACUUACUUAGAAGUGAAUAGAAAUAGAAAACUAGAGUGCGAAAUAUUGAUUUUUGUACUUUUUUCCUUGUAUUUGAAUUCCAUUUUAUUAAACAGUUCUGAAGUAAUAUUGUGAAUCAUGUUUUAUUAUUUGGCCACUAGAUGGCAUAAGAUAGAUGUCAGAGGAAAUGUCAUUAAUGUCAUAAUUACAAACUGUCAGUUGAAAAUAACAUCAAUCAACUCAUAAGAUGCCAAAAAGAGUUUUAUUCACCAAAAUGGAUUCGAAUCUAAGAAUAACUUUUUAUUUAAUCAGAUUUCAAGACUAACUCCGAAUAAAAAAGAUGGUUUAUUUAAUUAAUAAGAAAUUAUGGGUGAAUAUUGUAUAAAUAGCGACAAAUUAAAAUUUAUCUAUCACGACCCCUACAUUUUUCUAAAAUCCGAAUGGCAAACUUGUUUUGGACCUAGCUACUAUUAUCUUGUAUACAGAUGGAUAAACGUGUUGUACUUAUUCUUCACGUGGAUCUUGUCGAUGAUAGAUCCAAAUAACCAAGAUUGCACUGAUUGGAGGUGCAAGUUUAAGUGGCUCAUUUACAUCACCGAUUGGAGUUAUACCGUUAUUCUGGUUCAAGCCGUUAUUUGCACGGUUGGAUUGACCAAUUGGACGGUUUGUUAUGAAAAUUGUAACCCAUGGAACGUCCCCGAUUGCGCGUUUACUUGGUACCGGAUCUAUUGGGCUACGAAUAUCCUCGCCACAGAUCUCGCCGUGGGCGUAACCAUAAUUUAUUGGACGUUGGUCUUCGACAGCUCCUACAUGUUGAUCGACUUUGUUAACAUUUCCAUACACAGUCUAAACACGGUCGUGAUAAUUUUAGAUUUACUCAUAGUGUCCCAUCCGAUUUAUUUCACUCAAUGUUACGUAACGAUCAUUUUCAUGACGAUUUAUACGAUUUUUACUUAUUUAUAUCAUCUUUGUGGCGGGACCAACCAUAGAAAAUUCGAGUAUAUUUAUAAAAUUUUGGAUUGGAAGUAUCCAAAGACUUGUUUUAUGGUUGUUGGAGGGGUUGGGGUUGUUAUCGUGGUUUUGCAUGGUGGGAUUUGUAUUUUGCAAGUGGUGAGAUCUUUGCUUGGGAAUAUUCUUAAUGGGAAUAUUAAUCAAAGGGAUUUGGAAAUUAUUAUUAGCUUAUAAUUAUUACUAAAAAUAAUUUUUUAUUUUGAUGUGUGAUUAAUUUUGGGGUGUGGUAACCAGUGGCGUGACCCCGAGGAGUGGCUGGGGGGAUAUUUGUCCGCGCGAGGUCACGCCGUCGUCGGAGCGCCGCGGCCGUCCGGUUGCUGCUGCUGCUGCUGCUCCUCGAAACCAAACCAGAUCAGAUCGCCGCGAGUUCGACCGUGCGCUUGGCCCCCGGGGGCAACCUGUCGGUUGGGCGUCGCGUCGCCGUCGCCGCAUUCCGACGCCGCUACCGGUCACGCAGGUAACGACCCGCGCACGGACCAAGGAGUGGAGGGGCCCCCACAUUGAAUCAAUCCAACGCCUUUAAAUAAUCAAACAAUCAAACUUCCGUUUAUAAAAAUUUAAAAAAAAACUCAAACAGCCUUUCUAAUAAUUUUUCGGCUUUUUCACACUUUCUUUAUCAAGCGUAAUUUAAUGUGAAAAGCUUCGCUCCUUAAUUAAUAACUCUUCUUAACGGAAUCAGUUGGUUAGCUCAACGACCUUGAGUUUGUUGCUAAACGACCGUGCUCUCGUUUCAAAACGAGAAUCGAACCGUUCGAAAAUAUGCAAAUAAAAUAUCACAAUUCA